AUGUCUCGAUCAAGGAGCAACGAGCCCACACCCUGCCAUCGCACACAACAUGAUAGCGCGGCGAUGCAGAUUUGCGAAGCCGGACGAAGAGGUGGUGUUGCUGCACGGGGAGAAGGCAGUUAUUCCACCCUACCCAGCAAACGAGACAGCAACAUCCCGGCGCAUCAAUGUUUCCUACUCUCCGAAGACGAAGAUAGCGACUGGGACCCAUAUCCCCCUUCGCCACCGCUCUCUCCUAAAACAGUUGUUACCGAGCCAAGAUCACGAUACAGCCAGCGCACAAGCACACUGCAACAAUAUGGCUCGGUGAAGCGGCGACCAGGCUGGAAACCGAGUCUCAAAGAGGAGUUACUACGGAGGACAUCGAUGGAUGCCGCCAUGGGCCACACAGAACCACGAGCCAGCACACAGACGGGUCGUAAUAGAAGCAAAACGACAAGACUAGAUUACACAGCCGAGCAAGGCAUAGAGAUUCCGCAACCACAACGAAGACGCGGAUCAACCCUAUUGCAUCCUUCCUCCCCAAUCAUCGGGUCGGCAACAUUACAUGCAGAUACUCCGCCAGCAGACACUCCGCCGCUACCCCAAGACCCUUGUUUCGAGAAUCGUCCGAAAACUCUUCUACGCAAGGGCUCCUCGCUACUCCACCCGUCUCCACCCCUAAGCGACGCAGAAUCGGAAGCCAGCAUGCGAAUUGCGCAGCUUAAGACUGUCUUGUCGUUUCCGCCGAGAAAGCAGUGGUGA